AUGGUGGAGCGUGUGAUGACCAUGAUGAACCACGCCGGACGCCUCCCCGACGCGCUGAGCACCGGCCUCCCGCACUCCGCCUACCCCGACACAGCGCACAGCAAGCUGGGCAUGGGUCAGUUCUCCAGCCCGCUGCACCUCCAGCCACAGCUGCAGCUGGGAUUUGACGGAGCGGCGGGGGGGCAUGUCCACCUCGGGGGGAUCGGGAGUGUGCACUCGCUCGGGAGUGCGCAUGUAAACACGGGGCAUAUGGACGGCAGCGGGAUGCGCAGCGGAGUCGGAGUGCGCAGCGGUUCCCACUUCCCGAGCUCCGGCUGCGCGGCGGCUGCUUCACCCGGGCAGCUGGCGGCCAGCAGGCAGCUGCAGAAGCUGAACUCGCAGUACUACAGCAACCACGGACACCCCGCAUCCCACCACCAGCAUCACACGCAUGACAUGCAGACCGGGAGCUACCAGCUAAACGGCACGGCGACGGACCGGUUUGGCGACGGCGGCGCGCCUGGAUGGGCUCCAGCGGGGCUCCUGGAGCACGUCCCCGCCGCUCUGCUGCCUCCCAGCGGGAUAGACGCGGAUCUGGUGGACGAGGAGGCGCUGAUGGCUCUGGUGGUGGAGUUUGGGCUGGACCGGGUGAAGGAGCUGCCGGAGCUGUGGCUGGGACAGAAUGAGUUCGACUUGGUGGCGGACUUGGUGUGCAAACAGCAAACCAGAGUGAGCUAA